AUGGGAUGCGCAUCAUCAAUUGGGCCGCCGACAGCAAUAAAACCAGUCGAGCAUAUAGAAGCAAAUAAUAACCUCAUAUUUACGAUUGAUGAAAGAUUAAAGUUAAAAGAAGUAUGGGUUAUAGUUAAACAGAAUAAUUUAAAAAAAUUAGGCGACGAUAUUGUGACCAGAGCUUUAGAAAAAGACUCGUCAUUAAUUAGCUAUUGGCAAAAUAUAUCUUUCAUGGAUCAACGAAGUAAUUUAACGUUUGCUGAGAGUGAAUCGAUUGUAGACACAGAUUUAUUAUGUAAGCAAUGUUAUAAACAACAUGGAUAUAAAUUUCUUGACAAAAUUGACCAAUUGAUUAUGAUUAUGGUAACACGUGCAACAACAACAACAAAUAGUAAUGAUAAUAUACUUGAUGAAUAUUUUCAUCGUAUAGCUGAAAAGCAUGUACAAUAUAAAGUAAAGCAAGAUCAUGUUGAUAUACUAUGUGAAUGUUUUAUUGAAUGUUUAAAAAAUUUAAUGUAUCAUAACCGGAAUGAAUGGACAAUAAAACAUGAAUUAACCUGGAUGAAAUUUUUUACAUUAAUAACAAAUCAAUUUUUAUCGCCAACAUCAACAAAAUCUAUAUCAUGA